GUCUUUCGCCAGUUCGUCUUGUUCGGCAAAGCUCAGGGUCCGAUCGUCGGCCUCGCGAGCAGGUCCAAGUCUAUUCAUGUUGUCACCCCUCGCCAAAGUUGUCGAUGUACUUUUUCUUACUCGUGGCUGUUUUCCCAGAAAAACCACUACUCAAAACAACAGCUUAUUCCUCGUAACACUAUCACAACACAGUGAGGCGUUACUUGCCGAAAUUCCCUGCGCGAACCAGAAACUCCGGCAACGAACAUCUUUAAUUUCCAGCUGAGUCACCCAAUACUUCAGACUUAUUCGGUGACAUGACCGACACGAAAUCGAUCGCGCCCUACAACGUGGCCGGGAAAACGGCCAUCAUCACAGGGGCUGGGUCAGGCAUCAAUUUUUCUUUUGCUGAACUGCUCCUUGAGCGUGGCUGCAAUGUCGUCAUUGCUGACCUCGCUCUUCGACCAGAGGCGGAGCAGCUCGUCUCGAGCACCCAAGACAAAACAAACGGCAGGCCACGCGCACUUUUUGUCAAGACCAAUGUGACCUCAUGGCCGGCGCUAUCCAACAUGUUCAAAGUUACCGUUGAUGAAUUUGGGAGUUUCGACAUCUUCUGUCCCGGAGCGGGCGUCUAUGAGCCGCACUGGUCCAACUUCUGGCACCCGCCUGGAUCAUCCGAGAGCAAGGACAGUGUAGACGGCGGAAAAUAUGCUCUACUUGACAUUAAUAUCACUCAUCCAAUUCGUUCUACGCAGCUAGCAAUCUCCUACUGGCUUCAUCCUAAGGAGGUCACGAAUACCGCCCUACCACCUUCGAUCAAAGCUUCACCCCAGAACCCAAAGCGCAUUGUUCACAUCUCAUCAGUGGCUGGACAGGUUGCGAACAUCAAUGCACCUCUCUACGCAGCUUCUAAGUUCGCCAUCACUGGAUUCGUUCGCAGUCUCGCUCGCUUGGAACAGACCGAUGGCAUCCGCGUCAACGCUGUUGCACCCGGCGUAGUAAGAACUCCGCUUUGGACCGAGCACCCAGAGAAGCUGGUCAAUCUGGACGAAGCUCAGGAUGGUUGGGUCACUCCGCGGGAGGUUGCCGAGGCAAUGCUGAGAUGCGUUGAGGAGGAGGCACUUGUCGGAGGAUCGAUUCUGGAAGUUGGCAAAGAUAACACGCGCUUGGUCGAAGCCUUCAACGCGCCUGGUCCAGACCCCGACCCAAAGAGGGGUCUGAUUGCCAGAAAUGGGUCAAAGGGAACCGAAAUGGUCUUUUCUUGGUUGAGGGAUGCCACCAAAUGGGCUGUUGGCAGGGACUAAUAGCCGAGUUCAGACAGGCUUUUCUCCCUAGUGUGCAGUAAUUACACAUACUUAGUUCGAAG